AUGGAAGAUGAAGAGAAGAUGGUGAAGAAAAUGACAUUAGUGGGUUUGUGGUGUAUACAGACCAAUCCACCUGAUCUUCCACCAAUGAGAAAAGUCGUUGAAAUGUUAGAGGGAAGUCUAGAAGCUCUAGUGGUUCCACCUAAGCCUCUCCUAACUCCAGCGAUAAUGGCUUGGGAAACUGUUGAAGAGAGUGAAGAGAGUGAAGAGACUUCUAGCCUUUUGUACUCCAAGAUAAAAUGCAAUUAUCUAACCAAACGAGAAGAAACUCUAAUCGCUUCCAAGGAUGCGGUUUGA